AUGAUUGAAUCAACAGACAUAAAUGUUGAUUAUUGUGAAGAAGAACGAUUAACAUGUGUACUUGUACUUGAUACAUUUAACAUCUAUAUAAACGAAAUUGUUUCUCAUAUAUCACUUCCAUUAUGUUUAUGGCCGAUUAAUGGUCGACCAUUACUUGAUUAUACAAUACAUACAUUAAUACAAUCAAAUAUACAAGAAAUUAUUUUAUUAGCAACAUCAUAUUCAAACGAGAUUUGUUCAUAUAUAAUGAAUAGUCAAUGGUUGCGAACUUAUUCAAAAUUCAUUAAAUUAAUUCCAUAUAAAGAAGCACGUUCACUUGGUGAUUGUUUAAGAAAUCUUGAAAAAGAAAAUAUAAUAAAUCGUAAUUUUUUAUUACUAUAUGGUAAUGGUACAUUGUUAACAAGUGAAAAAUUAAAUACUUUAUUUUCUGUUCAUAACGAAAAUAUAAGACGAGAUAGAAAUUGCAUAAUGACACUUGUUUAUCGUCAAUUAAAUUCAAAUCAUUUUGAACAUCCAUCAUAUACAGAUGAUCAACAUGUAUUUGUUUUACGUGAUAAUAAUACACAUCGUGUAUAUGAUUAUUCAAAUGAAUAUCUUGAUAAAUAUCAAAUAUCACUUGAUUUAUUUAAACAACCAAAUAUAACUAUGGAAAUAUUAUAUUGUCCAUUGGAUUGUCGUUUAGCAAUUUGUUCACCUGAUGUUUUACAUUUAUUUCAGGAUAAUUUCGAUUUUUUAACAAUUAAUGAAUUCGUUCAAGGUGUUUUAUUCGAGGCAAAAAUUACUAGUCAUACAAUUUAUUCACAUUUAUAUGAAACUGGUUACUUUCUUUCUGUACAUAAUUUACGUUUAUAUAUGAAAGGAACAUUUGAUAUUCUUCGUCGAUGGUCAUAUCCACUUGUACCUGAAAUAAUAUCAUCAAUGGAUAAACAAUUAUUUUCAAUAGUGACAACUCUUGUAUCGUCUCAAAUCAAAUUAAAUGAUUCUGAUGUAUCAUUUUACAAUAUAUCUUAUCCAAUAAUCUAUGAUAAACAUAAUAUAUAUAAACAAGGUGAUAUAAAAUUAGAUCGUUUAUCAAAUAUUGAACAAGAUGUUUUUAUUGGUCAUAAUAGUCAAAUUUUAUCUGGUGUAUAUUUACGUAGAUCAUGUAUAGGACAAAAUUGUAUUAUUGAUAAAAAUACACAAAUUAUAAAUUCAAUUCUAUGGAAUCAUAUACAAAUAGGUGAAAAUUGUAUUAUUAAAAAUUCUAUCAUAUGUAAUAAUGUACUUAUUCGUAAUAAUGUACAAAUAGAUAAAGAAUGUAUGCUUUGUGAAAAUGUUAUUAUUGGUACAAAUGUUCAUUUAAAUCAACGUAUGAUUAUUAUUGCAUCGAAUUUCAUAACAUCAACAGGUAUAAUAGAUGAAAUUGAAAUAAUUAAGAAUGAUGAUAUUUCAAUAUCAUCAGAAAAUGUUAAAUGUUCAAAUUCUAAACAAAGAUCUAAUUCAACAAGUUCAUCAGAAAAAUUUAUUAAUUCAAGUAAUGAAGAAAUAAUAGUAUCAAAUAGUGAUUUAGUUGGUAUUGAUGGUUUUGGUAAAGAACUUAUUUUUAAUUUCGUACAUGAUGGUCAAGCAGAAAAUUUUGAAGAUACGGAUAAUGAUGAAGAUGAUGACAGUGAUGAUGAUGAUAAAAAUCAAUUAAAUGCGUUUGAUGCAUGGGGUUAUCGUAUAGAACGUAGAGAAAAUAGGGGUUCAUCAGUCAUUUCAGAUGACGACUUUCAAGAAGAAGUUAUUCGUACAUUAAAACGUGCUUAUAUGGAAAAUCUUAAACCAAACAAUAUUAUUGAUGAAUUAAAUAUAUUAAAACCAACAUAUAAUGUAUCACCAACUGAAUUUGAGCAAUCCAUAAUACGUGCUAUAUUUUUAUUACCUCUUGAAAAUCAAAUAGCUAAUCCAGAACAAUUAAAUUAUUGGAAUACAUUAAAAUUAACUAUGGAUAAAAUAUCACAAACUAUAUUAAAAAAUUAUAUGAAAAUAACAAAUGAACAAGCACAAAUGUUAUUAUUAAAUGAAAUAGAUUUAAUUUGUUUAGAAUAUAUUCAACUAAUUGGUGUAUAUAUUGCUAAUAUAUUAAUGUAUUUAUAUGAUAAUGAUGUUAUUGAUGAACAAUUGAUUCUUAAAUGGUAUGAAAAUAAACAAGAAAAAAUCAAAAAUAAUCAAUUAAUCAUAAAACUAGAAGAAGAAAUUUACUAUGAUAAACUUAAACAAUUUGUUGAAUGGUUACAAAAUGCUGAAAGUGACGUUUGA